GAUUCGUUGACCAAUUGAUAAUACUUGAUAAAUUUUCACGCCCCAAUCUCUCUCCGUGUCUCUCUCUCUCUCUCUCUCUCUCUCUCUGAAACCCUAAUUCAGCUUCACUAUACCCUUGGCUUAUACUCUGCGUGUGGUUCUAGUAAGGCAUCUGAGUCGAACGAAUGGAUUCUGGACCUGUUGAUUCAUCAACUUCGUCUGUUAAAGCUCCCGAUGUACAAACUCAUGCUGCUACAGAUCCUGGAGUGGAUAAUUCCCCACGUGAUGCGCCUCCAAAGCUAUCUGCAGCUGGCAUAACAUCAUGGGCCAAAAGUUUGAAAAUUCCCCAGCCAUUGGCUCCCUCACAAGGUGACUCACCAACUGGAAGCCCUGGAAAAUCAACCUUUGCCCGUUUUACAAGUGGAUUUGUACUGCGCUCAUCUCCGAAAUCUCCUGUAACUGAUGAUAGUUCUGAAGGGCCUUCAUCACCUUCACAACCUGGUUUUAUUGGAACAAUCACUAAAGGUUUAGUUGAUACAUCUAAGAAUGCAGUGAAGGCAGUACAAGUCAAGGCUCGUCAUGCUGUCUCUCAAAAUAAGCGAAGAUACCAGGAAGGAGGAUUUGAUUUGGAUAUGACAUAUAUCACAGAGAAUAUAAUUGCCAUGGGGUUCCCUGCUGGUGAUAUGAGCUCUGGUUUUUUUGGAUAUGUUGAGGGAUUUUAUCGAAAUCACAUGGAAGAAGUGAUUAAGUUUUUUGAAACUCAUCACAAGGGCAAGUACAAAGUGUACAAUCUUUGUUCCGAGAGGCUAUAUGAUGCAUCAUUGUUUGAAGGAAAGGCUGCAAAAUGCAUGCAUAUUAAAGUCUGUUCUUACCUGGUGGCUAGUUUUCCAUUUGAUGAUCACAAUUGCCCUCCAAUUCAACUUAUCAUAUCAUUUUGCCAAAGUGCUUAUUCAUGGUUGAAGGAGGAUAUUGAGAAUGUUGUGGUGGUGCACUGUAAGGCUGGAAUGGCAAGGACAGGGCUAAUGAUUUCUAGCCUUCUUCUAUACUUAAAGUUCUUUCCUACAGCUGAAGAAUCCAUUGACUACUAUAACCAGAAGAGGUGUUUUGAUGGAAAAGGGCUUGUUCUGCCAAGUCAAAUUAGAUAUGUAAAAUAUUUUGAACGUGUCUUAACAUACUUCAAUGGCGAAAACCAACCAGGGCGUAGGUGCAUGCUUAGGGGUUUUCGUCUUCACCGAUGCCCUUAUUGGAUUAGGCCUUCUAUUACUGUCUCUGAUCAUAAUGGUGUUCUCUUCUCCACAAAAAAGCAUCCUAGAACCAAGGAAUUAUCGCCAGAAGAUUAUUGGUUUAGUGCACCAAAGAAGGGCAUCAUGGUCUUUGCUUUGCCUGGGGAACCUGGUCUAGCCGAGGUUGCUGGAGACUUUAAAGUCCAUUUUCAUGACCGCCAAGGAGAUUUUUAUUUUUGGUUAAAUACAACAAUGAUGGAAAAUAGAAAGGUUUUGAACACCGGUGACAUCGAUGGGUUUGACAAGAGAAAACUGCCUUCCCCUGGAUUCCAGGUCGAGGUUGUGCUAGUAGAUUACAAUGGCACUGUUCCAUCAAGUCAAGACAGUGAGGCUGCUGCUAACAAGUCGAAUGAAGGUUCAAGUGCUGCUCCUGGUCCAGUUGAUACUGGUGUGGCAGCAGCUGUUCCAAACCAAGAUAAAGAGCGCGGAAGUAAUGAUAAAGAUGAUGUAUUUUCAGAUGGUGAGGCAGAGGAAUCUGUGUCCUCGAAACUAAAGCAAGCUCAAGCUGCUUCUGCAGGGGAAAGAACUGCCACCACAAUCACCUCCAGUGAGGAAACUAAUACAAAAUCAGAUCAAGUUGCAAGUUUAACACGCGCAACUGAACAACUCUCUCUUGGAAACACAGGCUCACAACCUAGUGCUACUCAGCCAAAAAGCGAUGCUGUUGGUGAAGCAGCUGUCUUAGGCCUUGGGAUUAACAAUUCAGAAAGUGAGUUCAAAGCAAUGGCUGCUGAUGUUUCUGUUUUCACUUUUGGAGACGACGAAGAUUAUGAAAGUGAAUGAAGAAAAGGAAAAUGUUGAGGUCUUGAUUGAAGGUUCUGUACAUAAAUUGGCUUGCAAGUUAUACAGGCACCAGUCGCCUUUGGUUCAAUCUAUUUCUUUAUGAGAAUGUAAAUGUCUGCUUUUUCUGGCUUAUCAGUUAUUCAAAGUCAAAAGUAGAGGCUGAAGGAAUUAAUAAUUUGUUGCAUUAAGAUUGUGGUGGUAUUUGUUUCAUUAUUUUCAUUAAAAAAUGUACAUUAUGAUAUUAGUGUUGUACAAAUCUGUCUUCAUUAAUCUUUGACAUUCGGAACUGAUUAUGUUCUCUAAAA